AUGGUUUUCGAGUGGCAAGAUGAGGGCAAACUCCACCGAGUGCCAAAGCUUGAGCCUGGUCCGCCCAACGUCUACUUUGGUGAUGUCUUCAGCACGUCGUCCAAGGACGCUGCGAAUCCUCUGACUGGCUCCUUUUUCCUCCUUGAGAAGUUGGAGAACCCUGACCCGGCUCCCAAAUACGACUACGAUGAGAGCGGCGUGGUAUUGAAGGGUGAGCUACACAUUUCUGACGAAGAGGGCAACACUGCCAAACUCUCGCCCGGUGACACAUUUUUCAUUCACCGGGGUAGCACCAUUGUAUUCUCAACCCCCGCCAUGCGGUAG